AAGAAGUUUGGACUCUAUCCUGCAGGCAGUGGGAAACUACUGAAAAAGUAUUUACCAGGUAAGUGAUGUGACUAAAGGAAAUUAGCACCAUAGUUUUUACAGUUGUUUUUAUAGUUGUUUACAUAGUUUAUAAAGGGCUUUUCCCCAAAAUUGUUUAAUUCCUACAACUCUGUAAGACAGGUAAGGGAAGAAAUCCUCUUUUUAUGGUUGAGGAAACAUGUAGAAGCCCUGAAUUCUCAGAGCUUUUGACAUAAGAGUUCAGCAAUCUUCAUACAACAUGCAAGCUUCUCAAUGUGGAACAUUUUUGUAGAGGGAAGAAGGCUACAUGGAAAAAUAAUAGUGAUUAUUUUAUAUAGAGGAAAGGAGAUCAAGGGAAAAAAACAUGGAAAUAGGGAAGCAUCUAAAAUUCCAUCCUUUUCCCACCUGUGGAGGCAGCUGGUGUAGAGGAAAGAUGAAAUUUCCAGAUUUGAACACAGACAGGCCUCCUUCAAAACCUGGUUUUGUGUUCUCUUUAGCUUUUUCAGCCUCAGUUUCCACAUCUGUAAAAAUGAGAGCAAAACUUGAACUAACCCCUACAAUGCCAACUAUCCAGAAUCAUUUUUGCCUCCUUUCAAAAUCCCUGAAUUGGUGAGGACCCGUGGUAACCAGUAUGAUGGGUGAGCCCAUACUAAUUUUCCAUCCCAACCUCCAGGUUUCAAAGAUCAGCACGGUGGGCAGCUCAGGUGUCUGAGCGGACAGCCUCCAGCGCAAUCCAGGGCAGUAGAGAACGGGUUGCACUGGCCCAGAUGACCUUGACCCACCGAGGGGUUUGGGAGUGGUGAAGCCAGUAAGAGCUCUGCGCUCUUGUGGCUGCCCCGGCGGUCUCUGGGUCUGGCAGAAGGACGUGAGCUUCUGUCCAGUUCCUGGCCAAGGUCGGGGCGGCGCUGUUCGGAAGAGGGAGGAGCUUCAGGCGCCGUGGGUGGAAACCUAACAGAGCCCCUGGGGCCAGGACGCGAGUGGCUGCAGUGGGGUGGACUGGUUAGCGGUUUGGGCUUCGCGCCCUGCUCUCUGUGUUUUGCCUUUUGGACAGUAAGAUGCGUGCAUAAAUGUGAGUGGAACAACAGGCGGGGGUCUCGUUCUCCAGACUCUGGGAAGACAGAGCUGGGUUCCCAAGCUGGACCUGAGCCCCACAAGCCCCCAAGUCCCGGCGCCUACGAAACCUUGGGUCCCUUCGGAGCUCUGCGCAAGGCAAAGCCAGCCAAAUAAGCUGCUUGGCGGUAGGUCUGUGGCGUCAUCACUGGCUCUGAGUCGGUCCAGCAUUAUCUUGGAAAGUUGCUCCUUUCGAAGAAUUCCAAAGCGCUACCAGCUGCAGCCGAAGGAGAUGCUGCGUGUCCAAAGCUGCUUCCCAGCGGGCUCAAGGAGUCAGAAGAAUGAAGGGGGAUGAAUUUCCUAGGACUUCUUCCUAUGCUGAGUGUACUCUGAAGUAAACCUGGUGAUGGACAAGAGACAGGAUCCUUUGGUCAUGACCGUCCAUCUCCUGGCCAACUCUGGAUGUGCCCUGCCUUUGCAGCAAACCCUUGACCGCCUCUUGCAGUGGAUUUGUCCAGAAGUCCACCUAUUUCUGGUGUCAGAGAGAGUGACUCCAGUGAAAUACCAUGAAAAAAACCACUCCACGCGGUCUGGGUUCCCAGGGAUUUCCGUUUUGCUCUUCUUGCAUGAAGGCUGUGGAGAAGAGCGGUUCUUUCACAUCUACGACUCCUUCCAACAGCCACCCUGGCAGGCUCAUCCCACACAGAAUGCGGGUGGAAGGCUGUGCCCAUACACACUUACCAAGCAGGAUUUCUACAGCCUAGAUCCACACAUGCCCGUGUGGGGGAUGAGGCAGGCAUGCUAUGGCAGUGAGAUCCUUCAGGUGACCUUAUAUUGUAGCUUUGAUAACUACGAAGAUGCGGUCAGACUUUAUGAAAUUAUCUUACAGAAGGAAGCCACCACCCAGAAGAGCAACUUUUCCUUCUUUGUAUUGUAUUCAAAGAAAAACUUUUCAAUCCAGCUCUCUUUGAAGCAACUUCCCCUAGGGAUGUCUGUGGAACUCAAAGAGUCUUCGGUGCUACAGUUCAAAGUUCAAGAAAUUGGCCAGUUAGUACCACUUCUGCCAAAUCCCUGCAUUCCUAUCAGCAGCACCAGAUGGCAAACUCAGGAUUAUGAUGGAAACAAAAUUCUCCUACAGGUCCAAACAAACCCAGGACCAGGCAAAAACAAGGGUGAGCUUUCCUCUAAGCAAGGCCAUACUGGAGCUGACACCCCUCUCCAAGACUCUGCCCAAAGGACCACAGAACAAAGAAGUCGGAGAAGCCAAACCGGGAGGUCAAAGCACAACCCCCCAGAGCCUCUUGACCUGGCAGGGGGCACUCUGCCAUCAGGAAGCUCCUGUAGGACUCCCUGGACUGGCUCCUGUUCAUCUCACUGUAGCAGUCCAUCAGCAACUUUCCAGUGGGAUAGACCCUCUCCACAUCUGGAAUCAGCAGCCAGAAUCCAAACACGCCAUCAAGGAAGCAGUUUUCAGAAGCCUGAGGCAGAGACUAAUGUUGAUACAGGGUUCACAGUAAUCGAUUCAGAACAGAGGCAAUCUUCUCUGAGAACAUUUCCAAGGGAUUUGCAAAGCAGUCUGCCUGCGUCAUGGUUGCCAAACUCUUUGUUAGCCAUAAAUGGCUCAAGAAAUAAGCCCUCCAAGGAGACAGUCCACCCCUUGCCAUUUGCUGUCCAAAGGGACAGUGGUGCAGGGCAGAUAACCUCAGCAUUUCACUCGCCACAAACACCCCAUGGAAACGACGAAGAGGAAUUCUUUAUAUGAUGGGAAACAAAUGCGAGUUUCAGACACUGAAUCAAAUCCAUUGUUCUGGAGACUGAGCCCAACCCCCAAACUAGCCAGCUUCUCUUGAACAUCUGGAGAUGUCUGGGUAUUCCUCAGGUCUACACCUAUGUGUCUUUAAUUUAAAAAAAAUAAAUAACCCUGUUCCAAAGAAGCAAGGGACUGGCUUCGUAAGAGAUUAUCGCCAAAAGCACAAGGCAAAAGGAUAACCACUGUUGUUCCCCAGGAUGUGUACACACAAUUUGAACCAAUUGUUUGCUGAGUCUCAGGUCAUUUGUGUUGUGUGCUUAUGAACAGAAUAUGUUAUGCAACUCAUUAGUGUUUUGUGCUUUAAUAUUCAUUGGAGUUGCCUAGCUUCUUCCAGAACCACAUUAAAUAUUUAUUCUUUACCACUUGCUAAUCUCAAAACUGUAUCGGUUCUACAUACUUCUGAUACCCUUUGGGCAUUCUGGAUUUGUUUGUAUAUUUGAUCCAUUAAAAUACAUAGUGUAUAGAUCAAAGACCAAAACUAGAAUGUAUAAUUUGUUGCUUUCCUAAUCAGCACUGCUCUGGCCUGCUCCAGAGAGUCAAACUGUACUUGUUACUAAUCAAAAGAAUAGCUCAUUUGUUUUUGUUUUUGUUUUUGUCAUUCAUGGAUAUAGGGAAUUUUCAGGGAGCCAGGCAACAGGUACAUAGUAAGCUUCUGUUGUGUGCUAAGUAUUGUGGCAUUGAGGAAAUAAAAAAAAUGAAAUGUCCCUGUCCUCACAGGGUUUCUAUCCCAGUGGGAGAGACAAUCCAUAUUUACAGAUAAGUAUAUCCAAAAUGAAUGCAAGGUAUUUUAGGGGAGGGCACUAGUAUCUGAGGGAUUAGCUCACAUAGAAAGUAGCACUUGAACUACAUUUUGAAAGAUACAAAAGAGCAGGGCAGAGCCAAGACGGCGGAGUAAAAGCAGUGACCUGCUUCCCAAACCUCUCUCCAAAUAUCUGUAAAAAAUGGC